UCGGCUCUCUAAUGCGCAGAUGCGCCGGCGGAGCCCCUCCUGCCCGCCGGAGGAGAGCGCUGCCCGAGACCGGAGAGCAGAGGAGGCCGGAGGCCGGCGGUCGUCGUCGUCGUCGCCUCAGCAGCCUCCUCAGCAGCCGCCUCAGCCGCCCAUGGCUCCCACAGCAGCGGGGGGCUGAGCAGAGAGCCACGCGGGAGGGAGCAGCGAGGGGCCCGGCGGGGAGUCUUGGCCGGCGAGGCGGCGGCGCUUGGGCCCUCCUCCCGCAGCGGGGACUGUGGCCGCGGGGGCUCCCGACCCCGGCUCUUUCUUCUCCCUCUCCCCCCCGUGGCGGUGUUAUGGCCCCUUGCUGGAGCGCAAAAGGGUCCCUUGCCUGGAGGUCAGCGCAGCUCCUGCUCCUCGUCGCCUCCUGUUGGGGAAACAGUGCUCUUGCAGAACGUUCUGAAAAUGUGCAUAUUUCAGGAAUCUCAACUGCUUGUGGAGAUAUCCCAGAACAAAUUAAAGCUCCAAGUGGGAUCAUCACUAGCCCAGGUUGGCCUCUUGAAUAUCCAGCAAGAUUGAACUGUAGCUGGUAUAUCCGAGCAAACCCAGGUGAAAUUAUUACAAUAAGUUUUCAGGAUUUUGAUGUUCAAGGAUCACGGCGAUGCAGUUCAGAUUCCCUGACGAUAGGGGCAUACAAAAACAUGGAAAAUUAUAGAGUGUGUGGGUCUUCUAUUCCAUCUCCAUAUAUAUCUUCACAGGACCAUGUUUGGGUCAGAUUUCAUUCAGAUGAUAGUAUAUCACGAAAAGGAUUCAGACUGACUUAUUUUGCAGGGAAAUCCAGCGAACCAAGCUGCGACUGUAACCAAUUCCAUUGUGCUAAUGGGAAAUGCAUUCCAGAAUCUUGGAAAUGCAAUGAUAUGGAUGAAUGUGGAGACAACUCUGAUGAAGAAAUCUGUGCCAAAGCUAGUCCUCCAACUGCUGCUUCCUUCCAGCCAUGUGCAUACAACCAGUUCCAGUGUCUGUCUCGUUUCAAUGUUUACACUUGCAUUCCAGAAUCCUCAAAAUGUGAUGGAAACCUUGACUGUCUUGACUUGGGAGAUGAAAUAGACUGUGGUGUGCCAACAUGUGGACAGUUGCUGAAAUAUUUUUAUGGUACUUUCAAUUCUCCCAAUUACCCAGACUUUUAUCCUCCAGGGAGCAACUGCACAUGGCUGAUAGACACUGGGGACCACCGCAAAGUUAUUUUGCGUUUCACUGACUUUAAGCUUGAUGGUACUGGAUAUGGGGACUAUGUCAAAAUAUACGAUGGUUUAGAGGAGAAUCCACGCAAGCUAUUGCGUGUUUUAACUGCUUUUGACUCUCAUGCCCCGCUUACGGUUGUUUCUUCUUCUGGUCAAAUCAGAGUGCAUUUUUGUGCUGACAAAGUGAAUGCAGCAAGAGGAUUUAAUGCUACCUAUCAGGUUGAUGGCUUCUGUCUGCCGUGGGAAAUUCCAUGUGGUGGAAACUGGGGUUGUUACACAGAGCAGCAGCGCUGUGAUGGCUAUUGGCAUUGUCCAAAUGGAAGAGAUGAAACAAACUGCACUAUGUGCCAAAAGGAAGAAUUUCCUUGCUCUCGUAAUGGUGCCUGCUAUCCACGCUCUGAUCGCUGCAACUACCAGAACCACUGCCCCAAUGGCUCAGAUGAAAAGAAUUGCUUCUUUUGCCAGCCAGGAAAUUUCCACUGCAAAAAUAAUCGGUGUGUGUUUGAAAGCUGGGUUUGUGAUUCCCAAGAUGAUUGUGGUGAUGGUAGUGAUGAAGAGAAUUGCCCAGUUAUUGUACCCACCAGAGUAAUAACUGCUGCUGUCAUUGGAAGUCUUAUUUGUGGGCUGCUCCUUGUCAUUGCACUGGGAUGCACUUGUAAGCUGUAUUCUUUGAGAAUGUUUGAACGAAGAUCUUUUGAGACACAGUUGUCUAGAGUCGAGGCUGAGUUGUUAAGAAGGGAAGCACCUCCUUCCUAUGGACAGUUGAUUGCUCAGGGCUUAAUUCCACCAGUUGAAGACUUCCCUGUUUGCUCACCAAAUCAGGCUUCUGUUUUAGAAAAUUUGAGGCUGGCAGUGAGGUCUCAGCUUGGAUUUACCUCUAUUAGGCUUCCAAUUGCGGGCCGGUCAAGCAAUAUUUGGAACCGAAUCUUUAAUUUUGCAAGAUCUCGCCAUUCUGGAUCCCUGGCACUGGUUUCAUCAGAAGGAGAUGACAUUGCCAACCCGAAUGCUAACAGGGAAGGUGAAAGAAACGGCUCUCACCGAAACCUCUUUUCAGUAGAGUCCGAUGAUACAGACACAGAAACUGAACGGAGAGACACAGCAGGUGCCGUUGGCGGUGUUGCUGCUACUUUGCCUCAGAAGGUCCCUCCUGCAACAGCCGUCGAAGCAGCUGUCGUCUGUGGAGCUUCCUCAGCUCAGAAUAUCAGCAGCAGUUCGGACGGUGGAAGGGACGCAGCGAGUGUGGAACCCCCGAGCUCCAGUCCAGGGCGCCACCAGUUCUCUAGUGCACUUAGUCGUAUGACUCAAGGGUUACGUUGGGUACGCUUCACUUUAGGGAGAUCGAGUCCCGUCAGUCAGAACCAAAGUCCUUUGAGACAGCUUGAUAAUGGGGUAGGUGGAGGAAGAGACGAAGAUGAUGAUGUUGAAAUGCUAAUUCCCGCUUCUGAUGCGGCAUCAGACUUCGAUGCGAAUGACUGCUCAAGACCUCUUCUUGACCUCACCUCAGAACAAGGACAAGCGCUUAGGCAGCCUUACAGUGCGGCACAUAAUGGGAUGCGGUCCUGUAAUCGAGAUGGCCCUUGUGAGCGCUGUGGAAUUGUACAUACUGCCCAGAUACCUGACACUUGCUUAGAAUCAGCACUGAAAAACGAAACUAGUGAUGAUGAGGCUUUGCUACUUUGUUAAGUCUAGUUUGAGUGGGUGGAAAUGUAUGUAAGUUGGAGCAAUAUUGGUGAUUGUUUUGUACUUCAUAAUUAAGGAAAAAUGCAGCUUUUUUUCAUUUCAAAAAAGAAUCCAGGGCAAAUCAUGGGACUUAAAAUGUUCUUGUGCAUGACUGAAUGAAUAUUUGUCAUAUGGGCAACUAAAACAAAUGUUUUCCAAGGUCAGUAUACGUAAUGUACACCUGUUGCUAUUUGGUUAUUUAACGGUCAUCUUCCAAGGGCUUUUCAAAGAAACUCCUUUUUCUAUUAUUAGUAUUCUUAAAGCUAGUGCAAGGAAGUGACUGCAGACAGAAUUUGUGAAACACACUAGCGACAGAUGAGCUUUGUGGAGCCUCUCAAAAUGUUCAGGCUUGUCUGAACAUUUGCGUUUAAAGUGUUGCAGAGGUUUGCAUCUGUAGCCAGUCCCUUACCCAAACUUUAAAGAUUAAUGCAGAAUGAGGUAAUAUGGGAAGCCCUCUUGUGUCAGAUAGUUUUAACAUAAUGGUGUAAUUUAGAACAGAAACUUAGCUGCUCAACCACUUAUGUCUGCCUGCCACUCACUGCAGGUUGUCAGGCUAGUUUGUACAAAAUAUUUAUUCCUUUUUGAAAUCAAAACCAAUGUACUUUUGCCAAUAUAAUUUUAACUGAGUAUACUAAAUGCUGAUUAUUGCAAAAAGUAUUCUUUUUCUCUCUCGUGGUUUAUAAUAUAUUUGUCUAAUUACUGAUUGUCAUCAUGCUGAACUUUUUCAGAAGGAAGAGAGACUUUCUCCAAUACACUAUAUAUUUUUUUCUUUUAGAAGUUCAAACAGCAGUUAACUUAGAUAAAACUGAUGGGGAAAAAAUCUUUUGUAGCUUUUAUAACAUUGACUUUAAUAAGUUGGUCUAGUAUGGUACAACCAAAUAAGGUGUAAAAAUUCAGAGUAAUUUUUCAUCUAUCUUUGAAGAUAGAUAUCCGAAGCAGUUAAAAUAUGCAUUUAAAUCUUGUAUAUAAUGUGUUUUUUAAAGCUGAGAUAGGUACAUAUAACUCUAGAAAAUAUGUUCCAACUGCUAAUGGAUCUUCUCCCUAAUAGGGUUUAAAUUUGUCUGGUCUAAAGGGAUUUGCACUAAAACUACGUUAAGGUCUCUAAAGAGCUUAGUGCACAAGCACUAUCACUUUAAGUACUAGUCUCUAAUACUGCAAUGAAAUAUAUAUAAAUAUCUAAAGAAGAAUAUUUCCAUUGCUCUGUUUUUGGGUUCUUGCUUUCUUCUGUUGUUUGUUGCUGCAACUGAAUUUGCUUUACUAAUUUCCUAUUUAUUCAUUGUAUUUAAAAAGCUGGUUUACCUGGCAUCAGUUUGUGCUUUUUUAAAAAAAGAAAAGAAAAAGAAAUAUUCAGUAUAUUUCAAGGUUUUUAUUUUUGUUACAUCACAUUUUGGCUGCAAAACACACCAGUGGGGAGAAAACAUUCAUUGUUUCCAGUUUUGUGACCAGAAAGUGGUUGUUGUUGCUACUAAAUGAUAUCAAGAAAUCCAUCUUUUGAGAAGGUAAAGAUUGUCAAUUGCUGUUAUAUUUAUUCUUUGCCAGUCUAAGUAGGCUUAAUGAUUUAGUAUGAAAAAUGUAUUUGUGUGUGACUGUAUGCUAUUUAUUAAAUUUUCCAUACAUUGCUGAAUGUCAUUUUAAAAGCAUGUUUAAAGUCUUGUGGAUUUCUUGUUGUGUUAUGCUGUCAGAAAAAAACUGGCAAUGUUUUAAGAUGUAUCAAAUUAAAAAAUCUUACUAUGUAUUGAGGUACUUUGUAAAGAGAAACCUGAAGGUAUAUUAGUUUUCUAUUUUUGUAGUUUUUAAAAAUAAAAAUAAAAAUACACAAAUAGAAAACAUGGUAUAAAAAGAGGGCUGCUGCAGUUAUCAUUAUACCAUACCAAGAAUUGACGUAGUGUCCAAAUCAUUCACUUUGCACACAAUAUAGGCUGUACAAUAACACCCAGAAUAAUAUUUGCUGAGCAUGAAAAAUUUGCAGUUACAGAAGGAAAAAAAAACAAUUUGCUAGCAGCAGAAGCAGCAGCGGCCAAACUAGUAAUUCCCAAGUAGGGGAAAACAGAAAAUAUUUUGCUGUAAAGUAAACAGAGUAAACAGAAAAAAUGUCAUAGUGUUCAGCAGAUAAAGGUCAUAUCAGAUUUCCCAAGCUUGUUGCAUGGUGCUUCAUAGCAUAAUAGGACAAACCUGUAAUUAUAGCUUGUAAACAGAGUUUUUGAAAUUGAUAACCUGGUUCAGAUGUACGAAGGGGUUGGUUCUAAAUUUGCAUGAUCAUCCCCUCUAUUCCUUCAUGAAAACAAUACUUAACGUGGAAGUGUGAUAGUGUGGAGCCUUGGUUUCUGCGAUUCCCCUAAAAAUGGGUGAGGGAGAGAUUGCUGCCAUGCUAUAAGCCCAGCAAGGGUGCAGAAACUGCGGGCCUCCAUGGGGUCUUAAUCUCUACAAUUCCACCACAUAUGGGCUACUCUGUACAGCUGUAAAAACGGGGGCACAGAGACAUGCUCAAUACCUACUGUGCCUUGAAGCUCUGUGUGUGACCAGUUACACUCUUGCUAAGAAGCCCCUUAUCCAGGGCUGGCUCUACAGCAAGGCUGGGUGGUGCAGGCCGCCAGACAGCCGCGCUGGAAAAUGGGGCUGGGGGGGGGGGGGCGCCGGAGGGAUCUUCGUACCACGGCGCCAGGGCACCAGAUAUGCUUAAGACGGCCCUGCCUUUAUCCUUAUGGCCACUUUCUAUGUGAAAAGGAAAGCUACAAAUCUGAGGUGCUAAGCAUUUGUUUAGGUACACACAUUAAUAGUGGGAUUCUAAACGUGUUUACUAAGAACUUAGUUGCACUAGUGGCCAAACUCCUUGGCAAUGGUGCAGUUAGGGAAUUUCAGGUGCUGGUCUAAAAUGGCAGUUCUAUCUUUAGAUGGUAAUGUAUAUUUUCUUCAAAAUGUAGUGAAAUAGUUCUGCUGUAUACAGAGGCCUUCUGACUCGUUUUUCUGAGUGGGGCCCUGGACUUAUCUACACUAAAGUUCUGCCAUACAGUGAUACCUUAGUUUACAACUGUAAUAUGUUCCGGAGGUCUGGUUGUAAACCAAAACAGGUUGUAACCCAAGGUGCGCUUUCACCAAUGGGGCCUUCCCCUGCAAAAAAUUGGUUGUAAUAAAAAAUGGGUUGUAAUACAAAAAAAGGGACACACACUUCAGGGUUUGAAAUGGUUCUAAUCCAAAACGGUUUUAACCCAAAAAGGUUGCAAACCAAGGUACCACUGUACUGGCAUCUCUGCUUCCAAGUAAAAUGUUAUUAGGAACAUAACUUAAGCCUGAAAUCCUACAUAUAAGUGCACUUUACUGGGAAGUAAAGGUAAAUGUACCCCUGAACGUUAGGUCCAGUUGCAGACAACUCUGGUGUUGUGGUGCUCAUCUCACUCUAUAGGCCAAGGGAGCCGACGUUUGUCCACAAACAACUUCUGGGUCAUGUGGCCAGCAUGACUAAGCCGCUUCUGUCGAACCAGAGCAGUGCACGGAAACGCCGUUUACCUUCCCGCCAGAGCGGUACCUAUUUAUCUACUUGCACUUUGACAUGCUUUUGAACUGCUAGGUUGGCAGGAGCUGGGACCGAGCAACAGGAGCUCACCCUGUCGCGGGGAGUCAAACCACCGACCUGAUCGGCAAGCCCUAGGCUCUGUGGUUUAGACCACAGCGCCACCUGUGUCCCUACUGGGAAGUAGGUGUAGGGCUGAUUUAAUUCAAGAUUUGCUUCAGAGUAGAGAUAUACUGCCACUGAAUUUUAUACAACUCCGUUCUAAAAAACAAUUUUUUUAAAAGGUGACCUACUCCAUAAGGUGAAAUGUGAGAUAAUUAUUUUUGGAAACUACCACUGGCACCCAAAUACUUCAAUAAAUUUACCUGCUACCUUUAAAUCUGCAUUGGCAUUUUUAUAUAUAGCUUGCCCUGCUUUCAAAGGAAGAUAGGCAGGAACUCUACUUAGAACUGGAGUUGCUAUUCCCAUUAAAUGUAGUUGAACUCUUGCAUUUCCAGCGCUGCAUAAUCCUUAGGCUAUUUACUCAAAGGUUUACAUUGUAAGAUUUCCGUUUUGCUUCCUUUCACUAUCCUGAAACCCCGCUUUAACCAGGCUCGAUCCCUUUUUAAAGUAAGGCAUAAGCUAAUUGGACAACGUACAAUCCCGCAAUGUGUAAACGCAAUUUAUUUAUUUUACAUUGUUCCUUUAGCCCCCUCAGAAUCCAGAUAGCAGAGAUUUAAAAAGAAGACAGGGACGGAGACACAUGCGUCUAUGGGGAAUAUAGUCCCCGUGGAAUUGGGCAAAAUAUUCGAGUUUUCAGAACGGCACAGAAUAAAGAGUUACAGGUAGGUCUGACGUAGUCAAAACAAAAUUAAAAAAUCCUUCCAGUAGCACCUUAGAG